AUGACCGCUCAAUUGCCACCGCAUGGCUUUAAAUAUAGUUGUCUUAGUUCUGGAGGACUGUCUUUCCUGACACUAGUUAGGAUAGUUGUGGCUUGCGUCCUAAUUCGCGAAGAUGUUGACUUAUCGUUAAAUAGGAGGACUGUAUGUCGAGUGGGGAGAGCUGCAGAUGUAGGCUUCACACUACAUGAGAACAUGUCAUCGCUGUGUGAAAAAAUGGAAGAUGCCAUGGAGAAUGGCAAAGCAUUAGAUGUUCGCUUUGUAAUUCACAAACAUGCCCAAUAUUGUGACAUUCUUCUGAACAUAAAUGAAAUGAUUAACCGAAUGACAGCAGUUUACUACCUAUUUCAAUUGACAGUCACCACAAUAACUUUCUACAUUGGCAUAUACGGAGAAGGAUUGAAGAUCGUGAAAUAUGCAUUCAUAUAUGUUGGAAUUGGUCAUAACAUUGUUUUCGCUUUUUCAGUUCUCCUGAUAACAGAGAUACCGAAAACUAUGCAUCGAUUUCGUUCACAACUUGAAUUACUUUUUUUUCGUCAGAAAAAUAUCAAUGAUCAAUUAAUGAUAAUUUCCUACAGGAAAAGACUAGGAAAAUGUCCUCCGGGUAUCACUGUAGGUGGAAUAUUUACAAUAACUCGUAAAAGUAUACCCAAGAUUAUGCAAUCGAUGCAGUCUUAUUUUUCUAGUUUAAUAGGCAUUAAAAAGGGGAAGGAUGCGUGCGGCAGUGUUUUAAAGCAAUUUUCAAUAUGAAACUCAACACUUUACUGCUUUUAAUAAAAUACUAAAUUCGAUAUACUAACUAUUCAAAUACUAUCGUAGAAAUUUAUUUGCUUUUUAGUUCUGUUUUG